GGUGGGGAAAAAUACUAAAGGAAGAGGUGAAAGUUCGAAGAAGAGGAAGAACAGCGACCGCUUCUCUUUCAUCUCUCUCACACACUGCGUUUAUUUGAGACAGAUAUGUGAGUCCCCCACGAAGUCUCCAUUUUUCAAUUUUAUAAAUUGUGAGCAAGUUCCAUCUUUCCUUUUCCACAAGGUGAUUGCAAAAACACUCACUGCAAAGAGCAACAAAGAUAAAGUAAAGGAGCGAAAGAGAAAGAAAGAGAAGACAGACGACAGAGCGACAACACAGAGAGAGAAAGAGAGAGAGAGUGCGUGUAGGUGUAUGUAUAUGUAUGAGAGUGUGCCAUAUAUAGAGAGAGAAGGAAUUGAAGAAGCUUUCAAUACCACAGAAGGGAAAACGAUGUCUGAGAGCUUCACAUCCUUUCAUACCCUUCAGCUCUAAGAGGUACAAUAUGUAUGUGUGUAUGUGUAUAUAUAUAUAUAUAAUUAUAUAUGUACAUGAGAUGAUGAACAAAGGUGAAAGUGAUGAAAGAAGGAAAAUUACCAUUUAGAUUAACUUAUUCUGGUGCGAUCCAUAAUCGAUUAAAUUAGUCACCAGAAGAGAGAGAGGAAUAAGAGGAUGGUGAAUAUUAUGAUGAUGAUGAUGAGCAAGAUUUUAACAUGGGAAUAGCAACACCUUCCUCAUCACUUCCUUCCAUUCUCUCACACUCAAAGACACACCACCAACAACAACACCAUUCGAAUUCUAUGUCCCAAGAUUACCACCAUCAAGGAAUCUUCAGCUUCCCGAAUGGGUUCGAGAGAUCGGCUACCACGAUGACUCACCAAGACCCUCAACAACAGCAGAUUCGGAGGGACAAAGUGAGGGUGCAAGGCUUCGAGCCGCAACCGCCGUUGGUUCCCAUCGAAGAAGACGAAUCGGGAAGCCUCCCGGUGUACGAAACCGCGGGGAUGUUAUCGGAGAUGUUCAACUUCCCUCCUGGCGCUGCGGAAUUGUUGGAACAGCAGCAACAACAACAACAAACAAUGACGACGACGUUUCGUUCCACCGCUAGGACUGUGGCCAGUGGUGGCAGUGAGUGGUACGGAAACAGACAAGGGAUAUUAGCGGGGUUGGGACCGUUGGGAGAUUCGAAGAAUCAUCAUCAUCAUGGCAGUGUGAAUAGCCGUGACAGUAGCAGCAGCAGCAUAGGUCAUCAUCACAACCACCAUCAUCACCAUCAGAUGUCGAGCAUUAAUGCAGACUCUGCAGCUGCCAUGCAGCUUUUUCUCAUGAACCCGCAAACCACUAGAUCCCCUUCUCCCCCUCCCCCUCCUCCUCCUUCCUCAUCUUCCACGCUCCACAUGUUGCUUCCCACUUUCCCUCCUGCCUCAGGAGGCUCUUUUGGCCAAUUCACAUGGCUCCCCGACACGGUUCAAGAAGGAGGACCAAGUACUGUCGUGGAAGGCCCGGGCCAGACCCACGGGCAUGGUCAGGGCCUUUCCUUGUCGCUGUCCUCUUCCUUGGAAGCCGCCAAGGCGGAGGAACUAAGGAUGGGGGACAGUGGAUUUUUGUACUACAAUCAAGCAAGUGGAGGACCCUCUUCUUACAAGAGUCUUGGGGGUCAUCACCACCAGGCAUUGUUGGCGCAGAACCACCAGGGACAUGUCGGGUUUGGGGGGGCGGCGGCGGCCACAUCAUCUUUGGGUGUGGUGAAUGCGUUGAGGAAUUCAAAGUAUGUCAAGGCUGCUCAAGAGUUGCUUGAAGAGUUUUGCAGUGUUGGGAGGGGGCAGUUCAAGAAGAGCAAGUUCAACAGGCAACUAUCAAACCCUAGUUCCAAUCUUGGAGGCAGUGGCGGUGGUGGCGGUGGCGGUGCUUCUUCGUCUUCAUCAAAGGAUGUUCCUCCUUUGUCAGCCGCUGAUAGAAUUGAGCAUCAAAGGAGGAAGGUCAAACUUCUAACUAUGCUUGACGAGGUGGAUCGGAGAUACAGCCACUACUGCGAGCAAAUGCACAUGGUGGUGAACUCAUUCGACAUGGUGAUGGGUUUUGGCGCUGCGGUGCCAUACACUGCGCUAGCGCAGAAAGCAAUGUCUCGUCACUUUAGGUGUCUGAAGGAUGCGAUAACAGCACAGCUGAAGCAUAGUUGUGAGGUGUUGGGAGAGAAAGAUGGGGCAGGGAACUCAGGCUUGACAAAAGGAGAGACCCCAAGGCUCAAGUUGCUCGAACAAAGUUUGAGACAACAAAGAGCGUUUCAUCAAAUGGGGAUGAUGGAACAGGAAGCUUGGAGACCCCAGAGAGGGUUGCCAGAACGAUCUGUCAACAUUUUAAGAGCGUGGCUUUUCGAGCAUUUCCUUCAUCCGUACCCAAGCGAUGCAGAUAAGCAUCUGUUGGCACGACAGACUGGGCUAUCGAGAAAUCAGGUAUCAAACUGGUUCAUUAAUGCGAGGGUUCGAUUGUGGAAACCGAUGGUGGAAGACAUGUACCAACAAGAGCUAAAAGAAGCCGAAGGAACAGAAGAAGAGAGAGAAAGGAACCAAAGCAGCAGCAACAACAGUAGCCACCAAGGGGCACAAACCCCAACGAUCUCAACCACCGCAUCGACCGCGACAGCACCACCACCUCCGACAACAACAUCCACACCACCUACAGGCAAAAGAUCCGAUUCUGAAAGGGACCCUUCACUUGCACCAAUAAAUAAUAAUAAUAAUAAUAAUAAUAAUAACAAUAACACCAAUAGGUCUGGCUUCUCGGAAACUCAACCCAACUCUUCCAGCACCGCCACCGCCUCUGAGGUGGUGCCACCGUCAGAGCUGCGGCCCAUGGUUGCCGGUGAACCUUGCCGGCAUGAUAGCUUGGUCACGACGGAGUUUGGGACCGGUUCUGGUGCUUCUGACAUUGGUUCCACUCUGAUUAGGUUUGGGACCACCACAGGCGAUGUGUCACUCACGCUAGGGCUACGUCACGCCGGGAACAUGCCGGAGAAAACUCCGUUCUCUGUUAGGGGCUUUGGAUCGAUUUAAACUUAAUUCCCUUAUAUUACUUUUUCACAUGACAUGAUGAUAAAGAUAAUAAUAUUCAUACGUAUAGGAGGUUGCUUUGUUACUAUUAUUAUGAUUAUUAUUAUUAUAAUAUGAUUAUUAUGAUAUGGUAUAUCAACAGAAACCAUUUUUCCACCUCUGUAA